AUGAUAGAAACUCGUUUAAUAGAAGUUAAAGGAUGCUUAAACACAUUGAAAUAUUAUGGUAAAAUAGGAUUUCAAGCCUUUUUAUACCUUUUGAGUGUUCUAGAACUUAUCUUUACAUUAAUUUAUAGCUCAUAUAAUAACAUUAGUGAUGAAACUGCAUACUAUGAGAUCUGCUAUAAUUUAUCUAUAAUUUUAUGUGUUUUAAUUCAUAGUGGAGUUUGGAUGUAUCUUUAUCAUUUCAAAAAAGUAGCUGAACAAAGUUUUUUUGUUGAAAUAACUAAUUAUAUAUAUUAUUUGGUUUUUGGAAUAUUAAGCUAUUUUAAAUUAGCUCCAUUUAUUAUUUAUUAUAACAGAGAUUAAUCAAUUGGAUAAUUCUCAUUCAGUUAAAUUAAUAAAUACUUGCUAUAAAGUUAAGAAGAUAAAUAAAGAAAUCCAUGUAGGCUUUUCAAAGAUAGAAAAAACCUGUCAAUAUCUUUAGGAACUUUAUAUUCCAUCAAGUUGCUCUCCUCUCAAUUAUGA